CUAAAUAUUACUAAAGUUACAGUAAUAUUUCUGUAUAUAUCAAAAUAUUGGUGUACGAUUUUUAAUCAUUUAGGACGAUUUUCAUGUUUUAUAUAAAAAAGUCAGUAGAAUUUGUACAUAAUUUCAAACAGUUUCAAAUCUACGAUUGUCAUAAAUGGUAGACUGUGUUGUAUAUGUGUACAAAUAAAAAGCUAAAUUAGGAACAAUAAUGGCAAUUUUUUAAAGCUUUAUUAUAUUCUUUAUAAUCAUAUGCUACGUAAAUACGUAUUCUCAUGUUUGUUUAAUAAAACUCGGUAAUUUAUUACUGGCAUUCAAUAUUAUAUUUAUUGUUAUAAGCUUAAAUUAAAAAUGAUUAUUGCAAUAAUCGAAUACGACAAUAGUUAGUUAGUUAGUUAGUUAUAGUUUAUUCUCUUUGCGGAGUAUCGAAUAUGACAAUAUUAGACGUUAUCGAAUUGCAACAAUUGAGCAUUUUCGUAAAUAAUAGUUACACGUAUUAAUUUUUAUUUUAGGUUAAGUUACUGCAACUGAAGACACAUGAAUUUUGUCAUUUGUUAAACGUCAUCAAAUUUGUAACAAGUCUCUGGCUUAGUCUUUCGUGAAAAUGGCCUGGUUAUCAGGUCUCGCAGACAAGGCAGAGAAUCUGUUAAAUAAAAUAGAUAAAAAUACCGCGGCAGUUUUAAAUAAAGAUAAAUAUGAAGUACCACAGUCUCAAUUAACAGAAGUUACAUGGAUUCCUCCUGAAUCAGGUUUUAACACGCAAGAAGGCCCAGCUCUGAAAUCUGCUUUAGGAUCACCAAAGCAAUUUCCUUAUAUUCGUUCGCUACCAAAUCUACCUGUGUUGGCAACAAAUUCUGUUACAUCUGAAGACGAAGAACUUCUUACCUUCUUAAAUACACCUGACACAAGUCCAAAGAAAACUAUAGGAGAAAUUUCAGUGUCACCAUCAACACCUUCUUCGCUUAUGACUAUAGAUUCUGUAUCAGAAUUAUCGAUUCACAGUGGCCGUUCAAGUCCCAGCCUUAUGCAUACAUCUGUAGAUGUUCCAAAUGAUCCUAAUCGUGAUAAUGUAAAUAUAGAAAAUGAAGAUCUUUACAAGAAUGAGGUAGCGCAUAAUAAUGAAAUAGUAGGCAACCAAACUUUGGAGAUUGUGUUGGACGAUGAACAUAGCAUUGUUGAGAAACAAUUUUAUACAGCACACCAAGAUCAUCAAUACAAAGAGAAACAAGAAAUUAUGGAAACGGAUAAAUUAAUAAAUUCAUCUGAUAAUAAGAAUAUAAGAAAGUACUUGAAAGAAGUAGAAAAGAAUUUGGAGGAGAGGAAUGAAUUACUUGGAAAACAAGAGACAGAUCAUCAAAAAGAAAUCAUUGUAUUGAGUGAGAAAUUACAAUCUUUGCAUACGGAAAGGGUGCAAUUGUCUAAGCAAGUAGCAGAAUUACAGUCUGCUUUAGAAAGAAGUAGAUCAGAAUUAAAUUCCACUAGAUCCGAUUUAGAACAACACAAAGCUAGAGCUUUGAAAACAUUACAAGAAAAAGAAAAAUUAAUAGCAGAAUUAAGAUGUAAUGAAUCUACAGGAGUGGAUGAUACAAUGAUCAUGGAAUUAAAUCAAUUGAGACAAGAACGAGACACACUUAGAGUAGAAAACCAACAGAUUUCUGAGCAGUUGAGAAUAGUGCGUGGAGAAUUAAUGAAUGCUGAUGUGAAAUUAGAAAAAAUGAGACAAAAAUCUACGGAAACAAAUAUACAAACUCAGGAAAUCGUUACAACAGAAAGACGAAGGAGAUUAGACGCGGAAGAGGAUGCAAGAUUACAUGCAGAUGAAAUAAGAUCGUUGAAAGAUGAGCUAAUUCGUCAGCGUAAUAGUUACAGUAUACAACUGCAAAAAAAUGAAUCUGAAAUUGCUAAGCUGAAAAUACAAUUAUCUGCGACAUCGACACCGAGUAGCGAAGUAGAGUCGAGACUGGCAACUCUCACACAAACAUUGGUUUCAAAGCAACAAGCUUUAGAAAAUUUAACGACUGAAAGAAAUGCUUUAAGACUACAGUUGGAGAAAAUUGAACAUGAAUUUAGAAACAGUCGUCGUAAUCUUUCGUAUAAUAUAAAUGACACCGAUGAUGCGAAAGCUCAGGUACCGACAUUUUUAAUGGAAACUCCUUUUGAUACUGGAGUUACUAGAAGAGUAAAAAGAGCUUACUCUUCAUUAGAUGCAAUUAGUGUUCGUACAGGUGUAUUUUUGAGGAGAUAUCCACUUGCAAGAAUUUUAGUAUUGAUUUACAUGGCAUUACUUCAAUUUUGGGUUCUUGUUGUUCUUUUAUUGAAGUCACCAGAAGCACAUUAACAUUGAAUAUUUGAAUAAAAGAGGAUAUAAUUUCAUUAAAUCGUACAUUUUUAGGCUGAAUAGUGGAUUUUUGUAAAUAUAUUAUUGUGAUGGUAUGCAUAGAAUAUUGUUAUAUAAUCAGUAAUUAUGAUUACAAUUUUUGAAUUCAUGCUGCUAUGAGGUGUAUUAUAUAAUAUUACAAAGUUGUUAGAUGCAUGAACUACGUUUUCCGAAUGCAUUUGAAUGAUACACAUUUACAAAUAGCAUUUGCGGGAUGUGUUUCAUUUUAACUAAUGUAGUACAUCCAUUUGUAUGAAAUUAUUAUUAAUAUGGGACAAAAACUGUACAUUUACUGUUAAUAAUGGAUAAAAUAUUCUUAUUUGUUCAAAUCAUCGUUUAUUUUUUCACUAUACAGAAAAGUAGAUAUUAUAAUACUAUAAAGGUGCUAAAUAUAAUGUAUUUAGUCAAAUUUAUCCUAAAGAAAAAAAUAAAUAAAUAAAUAAUUCAUUGUAGUAUUUUUUUGUAUGACGUACUUUAAGACAUAAACACACUUUAUUUUUUUAAUUUAACGGCGUAAAUAAUAUAUGUCAUGAUAAAAUUUUGUAAUAGUUGUAAAUGAUUCGUAAGGAUAUUGUAGCAACUAAUAAUAUUAACAAACAAUGAAGUACAGUUUAAGACACUUACAAGUUUAUUAUUCUUUUAUGACAAUCAUACUUCUGUAAUGUUUUUACUGAAACAUUUUCAAAGAAACUUAGCUAAAAAUUCAGUUGGAUGGAUUCUCCUAUGGAUUAAUAUUGGUAAUAUCAUAGAAUUGAACGUGAUUAUAGGAGUAAAAGAAUUAUUACCAAAUGUUUGUAGAAGAUGAGAUUAUUUUAAUAUAUGUUCAUGACGAGUGUUAAAUACUUCUCCAUUCAUGGCCGUUGAAGGAUACAUCACACUUGUAACGCCUACCUAUGUACCCUGAUGCUCUAUGAAGUUUAUUCGCGUAAUCUUGAAAACGCACGACGAUACCGUAAAAGAGGAGAUAAUUUGUGAUGUCAGUCAUAAUUGAAGAAGUAGCCAUCAACAGUCAGAAAAUUUGAAACUAACGCAGUAAGUCAAUUUGAAAUGUGUUUUAUAUGUAUUUUUACAAAAAGCGGAAGCAUCUAUGCAUACUGUAUUAUAUACUAGUAUAUAAUGUAUUACUAUCCUUACAUCUUUCUUUAUGAUUGUUAAUAUUUGAUUUGGUUCAUUCUUAUCAUUAAGAGCUACAUUAUAUUGAAAGAAAGAAACAAUUUGAUAUGCUAAAGAACAGAGGCGUGCAAAUAAAGAUCUAGAUCAGUUGCUUUAAAUUUUGUUUACAAAAUACAAAAUACUAAUUAAAUUAAUAACCAGGAAGUCAACUAAAGAGUUGGUUUAAAAUAUACUGCCACGCCUCCAUUAAGAUUUUGAAAUUACUACAAUGUUAAUUACAUUAAUUCAAAAUCUACAGAAACCUAAUAUUAUUUCACAAAGUUACGACGGUCAAUUUUAUUAAAUCUCUUGCAGAAACGUUAUAUGACGUUUCAUUUGCCAGUGAUAGGCAAAACCCUAGGCUUCGAAUAAAUUUGAAGUUUCCCGAUGUGUUUGUCUCGUUUCCUUCUUUGGAAAAUGUUCAAAAGAGAAAACGAGACAAACAUAUCGGCAAACUUCAGACUUAUUCAAGCUUAGGGUUUUGCCCGUCUCUGUCAUUUGCUACUCUAAUUACGUGCAGUAAUUUAAAUAAUGCUUAAGCGAGUAAUUCAUAACUAUUAUGUGUAUUGCUCUAGUAACUGGGACACAGUGUAUACAUAUGUACGUACAUCAAAAUGGGGUUAACUGUUUUCAGUUUAAAUAGAAGUAAAGGCGACCACUGGAAGGCAUCAAUUUAUUUUAUAACAAUGAAGUACCUUCACUAUACUCGAAAAUAAAGUAUAUUAUUCUACAAUAAAAAGUGUCGUUUCAUUUUCUGAAUUCUCUUUUCUUUUACUUAUGACAAUAUUUUCAAUAAGGCUCAAAAAAUAGCAUGACAUUUUUUAUUGUAGAACAGUAUAUCUCUUUUCUUACGCGACUAUUAGGAUGUUUGUUAACAAUAACAAUAAAUUUAAUGAGAAAACUAGAGAUGACUCUUAAAUAGAAAAAUAUUGAUGAGUAAUAUUCACGAGAGUAAACUGUUUGAAAAACGCUGAAAUAAUGAAUGUAUGUCAAUAGGAGUUAUUAUUACACAUGUAUAUGUUAUGUAUAGUCCACUACAAGAUUUAUAGAUUAUAGUCUCGAAAUACUAUAUGAUUAUCAUACAAUCACAAAUCACUUUACAGAUGCUGGAUUAGCAUUGCUUUUUAAUUCGAUAAUUACGUGAAUUAUAUUCAAAUAUAUAUCACCUGAUUGAUAAAUAAAGAGGUUUAUUGGUUGAAAAAUAUUUGUAUCAAACCUCUUGAAGAUACACUAAUUACUCUUAUUGUUAGACUUUAUAAGUACUGCAUUUAUAAUGGGAAUAGUAAAUGCAUAUAAAUUGUAAAAAGGAAGGUAUUUAACAUGUUGAUCGUUAUAUUUAAUGUCUGUAAAUUGCAACAAAUUAAUAUCAAGUAUUUUUUCCUAGUUUUAUUUAUGAGUUGAUGGAGUUUAACAUAUUUUCUUUAAACUCUGAUGGUUUGAAGUUGUAUUUUUCUAUUUCUAUAUUUCUAUUAUUAAUUGCAUAAUAUUAUCUAUAAAUAAAUUAUAAAUGAACAUGUUCAUUUUAUACAUAGUACAAUCCACUUUUAAAUACCUUUUCAUAACGUUUCAAUGCCAAUUAGAUACACGAGAAAAUUGAGAAUAACAUUUUUAUCCAUAUUAAAAAGCUUGCAUUGCUGAUUCUGUGCAAUGUAAUUAUUAAUUUCUUAAAGUACUUAUAUUCGAUUAAUCGAAAAUGUUCAACCGUUUCAAAGUAUCAUUUGUUCAAAAAGAUACGCAAUUUUUCAUUUAUGCGAAUCUUAGUUAUAGCGAAAUUGUUAUUUCGUAAAUAAGAGAGAGAGAGAGAGA